UCAAGCAUCCGCGUACCUGCGCAAGUCGGCCGGCCCCCAGAUAUCAGUACAUAUCUAUCUUUGGCCAGAUUCGACGAUACAACAUCGCCGCCCAUCAUGGAGCGCAGUCGCGGCCUUCCCGAUGCCGAACUGUUCCUUCACAAGCCCGCCGAAGAAGACUGCGAUAGCCCGACCGUCGAGCCCCUGAGAAUAUUCAAACCCCAGAGUCCCAACCCCGCCAACGACCGCUUCAAGUACCCCGCGCCUCCGUCCGCCUCGGGCUCCUCUUCCUUCACAUCGAAGCCGACCUUCCCUCUACCGCCAGGCGCCUCGAGCUCAGCUGCUCCUCUGCCGUAUCCCGACGAGGAGGAUCUUCGACCUGGAAAACCUACCAAACCAACCAUCACCGCCCCGAAGCGAUUUGGCUCCGACUACAAUGAUACUACCCCGCGCUUCAAUGCGACCAGCCCCGUAGAGACCAAGAGUCCUACCCUCGCCGAGCGACGCGGCACCGGUCCGAGGCCCUUGGGCGCCACAUCCCCGCAGAGCCCGGCUGGCGACGACGGCGGCCUCUUUGCGAAGCCUCUGACAGCGCCGCAACCUCAGCGACCGGCUGCUUCGACUACAAACUACCCGUCUUACACCAAGAAGCCCUACUACCCGCCACCGGGUGGCGCGUCCAGUUCUACGCCGCCCGCCCAGAGCCAGAGCCAGUACCAGGCCCGACCACCAUCUCAGAGUGCUCAGAGUACCGAUCAUCUCGAGAUGCCCGGCCAGAACAGCGUGAAUAGGUUCGCCUCGACAGCUUCGACCUCCACAACCCGCGCCAGCCGAGGAUCUCCACCCCCACCAGAGACCCCAAUCGUCGAACCAGGGGUCAUCCCGGGCGGCGGCAUCGAGGCGCGAUAUGCCGCCUCUGGCAUCUCGGGCACGGCGACACUGACCAGCCUGCAGGCGCAACAGGCCCAGAGCGCUGCGGCUUCCCAGAGAUUGGCUCAGUACGGAGGAGCACCACCACCCGCGCGGCCGUGGACUCCGACGGAGAACCCAGAGAACCAACCUCAUGGCCCGCCUACAGUAUACCAGGGCAUGAAUCCGGUUACAAGUCCUACGCAACCCACAUUCAGUCCUCCUCCUCAGCAGGCAGAGAACCAAGGGGAACAAACGAACUUGCAAGUCAGCGUUCUGGAACAGGAUUAUCAGCGACUGGGCUUGAACGACCCCCCGCCGGCCUACUCGAGUGUCACGCCUUCCGGCAACCCAUCUUACCCAGCCGA